AUGAGUGACAACAGCCCAAGCACCGAUCUCAAGACCUGGCAGCCCAUACAUCCUAGCAUACGCGAUAAGCUAGACCCAGAAUAUGUUGCUUUUCAUGACAAAUACAUGCAGUAUGUCCAACCGGACGAAACCAAAACCUGGGAUGGUUCCGCGAGAACAAAUCCGUCUCUCCCCCCCGGCGGCUCGCCGGCUGUUGAUGUCGGGGACAUUCGAGAUGUCUCGCUUGAUAAAUUCCAAGUGAGAGCGUACAUACCCGCAGGCUCGCCUGAUGAGCGGGGUUGGCCUGUGCUCAUAUGGUUCCAUGGCGGUGGUUGGGCGAUUGGGGGGUUAGAGGAUGGAAAAGAUUUUUGCUCCUGGGUUUGCAGAGAAUCUAUGGCCGUUGUCAUCAGUGUCGAUUAUCGCCUUGCCCCAGAAAACCCAUUCCCGGCUGCAGUCAUAGAUUCCCUCGAGUCCGUCAACUGGGUGAUUUCGCAACCUCCUGAGCUGGGAAGCGUCGAUACAAGCCGCAUCUCUAUUGGGGGCACAUCGGCUGGCGCAAAUCUUGCAAUUACCGCGGCCAUUGUGGCAGCUAAUUCCGGUGUCAUUCUCCCUUCCUUGGGAAAGGUCCAAGGCAGUGUAGUGAUAGAGCAUCCCAUCGUCUCUUUACUCCUCAUUGUACCAGUCGUCGACAACACUGCCACGGCGGCUGGUGUAUGGGAGCCUAAUGCACCGACAGCGCCAUGGCUUACACCAAAAAGGAUGGAGUGGUACCGGAAGCUCUACUUUACGAACCCUGAAGUUGUUAACAAUUGGGAUGCGAGUCCAAACCUGGCACCAGACCUCUUACUUAGAAAUCUCCCACGAACCUGGAUCGCGUACUCAGAUCAAGAUAUAUUGGCGCCUGAAGCUGUGGCCUUUGGGAACCAAAUUGAAUCACUCGGAGUCGAUGUAACAAUGACGGAGCUGAAGGGAUGCACACAUUCUAUCUUGGCGCUAAAUGGCAGGAUCGCCAAGGGAAAGGAGCUUAUUGAGGAUGCAGCACGAUUCUUAUACGAGGUUUUCUGGCCUUGA